AUGACUCUGCGAGGAGGCUUUGAGAGAGUGUGGAUUGGCUGCCAUAGAAGUGUCUGCUGCUGGGUGUUGUUGCUGGCUUGUUAUUUCUUGAUCGCCUUGGCAGCCAAACCCAAAAUGCCAGGCCACACACACCUCAAUUCAAUACGCAUUGAUGGCGACAUAUCUCUGGGUGGACUGUUCCCAGUGCAUGCGAGAGGGAACGACGGCAAAGCCUGUGGCGAGCUGAAGAAGGAGAAAGGGAUCCAUAGGCUGGAGGCCAUGUUAUUUGCCCUGGAUCGUAUCAAUAAUGACAAUGAGCUGCUGCCUAAUAUCACUCUAGGGGCACGCAUCCUGGACACCUGCUCCCGGGACACCCAUGCUCUGGAACAGUCACUGACAUUUGUUCAGGCGCUGAUUGAGAAAGACUCGACUGAUGUCAAGUGUCUCAGCGGAGGGCCGCCCAUCAUCACUAAGCCUGAGAGAGUGGUGGGAGUGAUUGGUGCAUCUGCCAGCUCCGUGUCAAUCAUGGUAGCCAACAUUUUGCGUCUGUUCAAGAUCCCUCAGGUGAGCUAUGCCUCCACGGCUCCAGAGCUGAGUGAUAACACCCGCUAUGACUUCUUCUCCCGGGUGGUGCCCCCAGACACCUACCAGGCCCAGGCCAUGGUGGACAUUGUCAAAGCCAUGCGCUGGAACUAUGUCUCCACUGUAGCUUCGGAGGGAAACUACGGGGAAAGUGGCGUUGAUGCGUUUAUCCAAAAGUCUCGAGAGGAUGGUGGUCUGUGUAUUUCACAGUCUGUGAAAAUACCACGAGAACCAAGAACUGGAGAGUUUGACAAGAUCAUCCGCAGGCUGAGUGAGAACCCUAAUGCCCGAGUGGUCAUUAUCUUUGCCAAUGAGGAUGACAUCAGGCGGCUCCUUCAAGCGGCUAAGAAGGCCAAUCAAACAGGCCAUUUCAUCUGGGUGGGUUCAGACAGCUGGGGCUCCAAAAUUUCCCCAAUUCUGAACCAGGAAGAAAUGGCAGAAGGGGCUGUCACCAUCCUACCCAAACGACAGUCCAUCAAAGGUUUCGAUCGCUACUUCAUCAGCCGCACAUUAGAGAACAACAGAAGGAAUAUCUGGUUUGCAGAGUUCUGGGAGAAUAAUUUCCAGUGCAAGCUUAGUCGGCACGCUGUGAAGAAAGGAUCCGGCAUCAAAAAAUGCACAAACCACGAGCGGAUCGGGAAAGAUUCAUCCUACGAACAGGAGGGGAAGGUACAGUUUGUGAUUGACGCAGUUUAUGCCAUGGCUCAUGCUCUGCACAACAUGCACAGAGACCUCUGUCCUGGAAAAGUUGGCCUCUGCUCCAAGAUGGACACCAUCAACGGCACACUGCUGCUCAAGUACAUCCGCAAUGUCAACUUCACAGGAAUUGCUGGCACACCGGUGGUCUUCAACGUGAAUGGAGAUGCUCCUGGUCGCUAUGAAAUCUACCAAUACCAGAUCGCAAAUAACAUGACAGAGUACAAGAUCAUCGGCCACUGGACAGAUCAACUCCACUUAGACAUCAAUGAGAUGCAGUGGCCUGGCGGAACACAAGAAGUCCCCUCCUCUAUUUGCAGCCAACCCUGCCGUCCUGGCCAGCGCAAGAAGACAGUGAAGGGAAUCCCAUGUUGUUGGCACUGUGAGAAUUGUGAUGGCUACCAGUAUCAGGCAGACACUUACACCUGCAAGAUGUGCCGCUUUGAUUUGCGGCCUAAUGACAACCACACUGGCUGCGUUCCCAUUCCCAUUGUCAAGCUGGAGUGGAGCUCCCCAUGGGCAGUAAUCCCUGUUCUCAUCGCUGUCCUGGGCAUCAUGGCAACACUGUUUGUGGUCGCCACCUUUAUACGCUACAAUGACACACCUAUCGUUAAGGCAUCAGGUCGAGAACUGAGCUACGUGCUGCUGACAGGUAUCUUCCUGUGCUAUGCUACAACAUUCCUCAUGAUCUCCACCCCUGAUGUGGUCAUAUGCUCACUGCGAAGGAUUUUCCUGGGCCUGGGUAUGAGUAUAAGCUAUGCAGCACUACUUACCAAGACAAAUCGGAUCUACAGGAUUUUUGAGCAGGGCAAGAUGUCGGUCAGUGCCCCUCGAUUCAUCUCCCCGGCAUCACAGUUAGUCAUCACAUUCAGCCUGAUAUCAAUGCAGCUUCUUGGAGUGUGCAUCUGGUUUGGCGUCGACCCAUCACAAGCCAUCAUUGACUAUGAGGACCAGCGUACAGCCAAUCCUGAAAUGGCCCGUGGCGUUCUGAAAUGCGAUAUAUCAGACCUGUCCCUCAUCUGUCUGCUGGGUUAUAGCAUGCUGCUGAUGGUCACCUGCACAGUUUAUGCCAUCAAGACCAGAGGGGUUCCUGAGACAUUCAACGAGGCCAAGCCCAUCGGAUUCACCAUGUACACCACCUGCAUUGUAUGGCUUGCCUUCAUCCCCAUCUUCUUUGGGACCUCACAAUCAGCAGAAAAGAUGUAUAUCCAGACCACAACCCUGACCAUCUCCGUAAGCCUCAGUGCUUCUGUCUCUCUGGGAAUGCUCUACAUGCCUAAGGUCUACGUGGUUCUCUUCCAUCCAGAGCAGAAUGUACCCAAGCGCAAGCGCAGCCUGAAGGCUGUGGUCACUGCAGCCACUAUGUCCAACAAGUUCAACCCCAAAGGUGGCCUGAGGCCCAAUGGAGAGGCCAAGUCUGAACUCUGUGAAAGUCUCGAAACACAAGUGCUGGCCUCCAAGCAGACAUACAUAAGCUACAGUAACCAUGCCAUCUAAGACAGAGACGACCCGUGGAAGCAGAGCAAGGAACUGCCUGAGGAGAAAUCACCUGAUUCUGGGGAAUACUGGGGAAAUACUGGAGGACUUCAAAGCUGCUACAGCAGAGAGGACUGGGGUGGAAAGAUGGGAAUCUGUCACUCCAUAAAGAGAAAGGAUGUCAUAUUUUUUUUAGAGAAUCAGGUAAAGGCUUGAAUGCCAAAUUUAUGAGAAAUUAUUAGAUU